UGCUGUAUAGGCUGUGAAUGCUACAUGUACAAUGUACUAUAGUCCACCAAGAAUGAUUAUGAACUUUUCUCAAUUAUAUUCUCAUUCAUGUACAUGUUUGGAUCUCAAUAUCAUAAUGAAUACUUUUAUCUUUAAAUUUUCUAUUUAUUAAUACUAUAACAGUGCUGUUACUCAUCAUAGUUUUAUAUUGUAUUUUUAUAAUAGUUACUAGAGCACCAUCAACAACAACACCAUCAGCAACAACGGUUUCUAAUUCAACUGAGGCUACUGCUGUGCCAACUAUAAUAAUGAAUAAUGGAGGAAAUAUUGGAUGGAUAGUUGUUGUGAUAGUAUUAAUAUUACUAUUGGCUGUAUCUAUAAUGAUUGUAUUAAUACUGGUCAUGUACAUUAAAAGAAAUAAUCUUAAUCAAAAGAGAAAAUCAGAUAAUGAUAUUGUAAUGGAAUGCAGUCCAGCUUAUGCUACAACUGAAUUUAAAACAAAUACUGCUGAUGAUAUACUAAUGAAGGAUAGUCCAGCAUACAGUACAGCACAACGAACACAAUCAACUGUUGAGCCAGUGUAUGAUACAGCUAAUUGUGAAUAUGAUACUCCUCUUCCACCACCUUCUACUGAAUAUGAAAUACCAACUGUGACUGAUUUAUAAUAUAACUUAAUCAACUCUUUGCUAGUGUACAAAAUAUUUAUUUAUAAUACAGGUUUUAUAUAC